UAACUGCAGUCGGAGCCUCGGGGCGAAACUCUUUUGAUUAAAUCUCGUGAAAAUCACCGCUUCGCAAUAAAAAAUGCGACGGGGAGGACAAGGGGGCCAGUUGUGGAUGAAAUAAAUAUAAAUCGUCUCAAGUGUUGGCAGUACUCAGUGACACUCUCACGUCACGCGUGACAUAUACUCACGUCAUGCGUCAAAUCGAAUAAACAAAACAUAUCAAAGCCAGCUGUCAGCAGACGUUUGCUACAGUGUUUGACACUUUUUGUCGCAGUGGAGCGUUUGAUUGACGUUACAGUUUCCGCAGCUUGAUUUCUACUUGUAUGUAACGAAAUCUCGAGCUUGAAAUUUUUUAGAUAUCGAGCAUGGAGAGAAGACUGCAGGGAGUAGGAGAUUGGAGUAAACAACUCUUUAGGAGGUACAGGAUGACCAAAAUCAGGUGAGCACAGUAGCCAUGAAGUCUCCGCCAACUCAGCCCCAACUCAACGGGUGUGGGGGUCUUGUCUCCAAAGCAGUUAAGAACGGGGGAGACAGCAAUGCUCAUCUCUCCCGUACAUUCAAAGCAAAUAACUACAUCAAUGGCAGUGCUAAAAUUGGCAAACAGCAACUGGUUUCUCUGAAUGGAGAUUCGAUACGCUGCAACAGCGUGGAGAGCGACGAGGCUCUGGCGUGUGACGUUGCCCCUGUGCCUAUUAAAACCAAAACCAAGGCAUUAUGCGUACACAUAAGAGAAAACAAGUGGUACGAUGCUGGCAAUGUGGUAUCUGUGGGAGUGGCAGGAACCAGUCUGAAUGAGGCACUCGAAAGCAUGUCGUUGGCUUAUAGUCCAACGACAAAGCAAAUAUAUUCUCUGGAGGAGACCCAAAGCCCAAACGACAGAGACUCCUCCAAAUCCAACGACUCCCUACGGCUAGAUGUGGACUCCUGUUCUGCCAAAGAUGAGCUCCAAAACAACAGUGGCAACAACAGUCCAGCAGGCAGUUUGCAUCGCUCCUGCAGUAGCACAGUGUCCUCCCUCAGUGAGUGUUCAGCCUCCCACAGUUUUCUGGGCAACGAGGAGUCUCCCCUUUCUCCCAACAAAUCCAAGCUCUGGGCUCUCAACUCUGGGUUCAUAAAAAACGUGUUCUCGUGGCGAAGCGGUACCAAAGAUCAGCCAGAGCCACAAAAGUCGCCCACGGCGAGCACCAGUCCGUCUCGCAACUCCGACAAAAUCGGCGGCAGCCUCGCCCUCAUCCAACAGUGUCGACCUGCCAAUUUGCCGGCCAAGAGCGCUCUCGAGGAAGAAGAACACAGACGCCAGUACAACGCGAUCCUCGAAGCAGCACGAAAACGCGAGCAACGCGAGGAACGAGAGCGACGCUUGCAACGGGAGCAACAACUCCGCGAAGAGGAGCGUCUAGCGGAGGACUCGCAGGUCUGGGUCGGUCAAGUGCUGCCGCGUUUUGACGCGCUCAAGGAGACGCGUCGAGUGCGCGAUCUCUGGUGGCGGGGUCUGCCACCCAGCAUCCGAGGCCGAGUCUGGCGGCUGGCCAUCCGCAACAGUCUCAACGUGACGAGCCAGCUGUACGCGCUGUGCCUCGACCGAGCCUUCGCUCAACCGCACAGCGAGGCCGUGGCGGCGAUCCGACUGGACGUGGCGAGGACCUUCCCGACCCUCUGCGUCUUCCAGGAGGGUGGCCCGCUCUCGGAGAAUCUCAGGAAUGUACUGGCUGCCUAUGCGGUCUACCGACCGGACAUCGGCUACGUUCAGGGCAUGAGCUACAUCGGGGCUGUCUUGUCGCUAAACAUGGAAGCCUCGGUCGCGUUCACCUGCUUCGCCAACUUGCUGAACCAGCCCUGCCAUCUGGCAGCCUUUACGCUGGACCAGCGGCAGAUGAAUGCCUAUUACAAGGCCUACUCGAACGCCCUGGCCAACAAGCUGCCCAAGGUUUACACCCACUUUGUCGCGGCGGGCCUCAGUCCUGAUCUCUAUCUGCUCGACUGGCUGUACACGAUAUACGCCAAGGCGAUGCCUCUCGACGUCGCCUGUCGCGUCUGGGACAUGUUUCUACGCGACGGGGACGAGUUUCUGUUCAGAACAGCUCUAGGAGUGCUGCAUUUGUAUCAGGACGAGCUGCUUGACAUGGACUUUGUCCGAGGCGCCCAGUUCCUCACCCGGCUGCCGGAAAACAUUCAGGCGGACACGCUGUUCAACAGUAUUAGCCAGGUGUCGACGACCGUUGGGACGACCAGCUUCCAGCAAAUGCUGGAACAGAUAUUGGCCAGCACGUAAGGAUGUAUAGGGCACUCGUUAUUUAUAUUUUUGCUUUUCCACGGUACGUAGCGUGGAAAGUUCCAUAGUGGAUAAGGAUUUUAUUUUUUUUAAUUUUAAAAAAUUUUUUUUUUUUUUUUUAUGCUUCGAUCAACCUGGAGCUU